AUGAGCCUAUCCAAAAUGAAGACAUUGCAACAACUUCACAACCUGAGGUUUCGCAGCCAAUUUCCACGAAUCCUGAGGAAUGAAAGUGAUGACGAAGCUCCCGUCACGAGAGGGAAACUCAAGGCAAUACACGAAAAAGUGGAUUCACUGCUUCAUGCUUCGAAGUCAUCAUCCACUGAUGAUUAUUCUCAAGCAACAGUCAAGUAUCUUCUUGAGACUCUUACGCAAGAGCACUCCACCAACCUUGAAAAGAUGAACAAGGUGAUAAAUGCUUCUGCCAAUGUUUGCAACAACAUGACCAAAAAAGUUGAUAAACUAAUUACUGAUGCAACGGUAUUCAUGGAGAAGUUCCAAAGCUCCUUUGAGUCCAACACUACAAAGGCUAACGAAAUCAUUUCUAGCCUGGGCUCAACCCUUAAAACUAAGAAGUCGAAACUUCAAGAGGUUGUCACUGGUAUUAAAUCUGACCAUGCCAAGUCCCAGUCAUCCAUCUCCUCGCAAAUAUCUAAGCUUCAAGAUGAUCUCACAAUGGAGAACAAAAUUAUGGAUGCUCUUGCUGUCAAGACUGAAAUGGCAUCUACGAAAAGCGAUAUUGCAGAUGUUACUGGCAUGCUUUCGGAUAUCAUUGAGACUCGAGACUCAAUGACUACAGUUACGGUGAAGAAACAUCUAGCUGAGAAACUAAGUCUCGUCUUCACCAUGCUUCAUCAACUAGAAGGUGAUCUGGAAUCCAUAUAUGUUCCAAAACAAGGGGGAGAAGGUAUGUCACAAUCCAAGAAGGAAGACCCCAAACCUUCAGCCAAGCCCACUGUCAAAAGUGAAUCUGAGCCUAAAGGCAAAGAAAAACUUUACAGUUGA